UCUUUCCUCUCUAUCACACAUCAGACUUUUCCCAGUGGAGCUGGAGAACAGGCUUCAAUGAAAACUGCCUGUUUGCAGCUAUAUGGAUAUUACAGCCUCCACAAGCACUACUUCCUCUACCUGACCUGGAGCAGAAACAUCAUUAUCAGGAUAGAAAGGGAAUCUUGUUGCCUAGCAAAGGUGGGAUGAUUUAUCUCUGUCUCUAGAUUGGUCCCUUUUCUUUGCUGCACAAAAUAAUUGUUUUCAGACUUCCAAGGAGAAUGAAGCCAGGCUAGAAAACGGAGUGAAUGUAAAACAGCUGCUCUCCCAGGGAGGAGAAGGAGUCACAGGUUUUCAUUGCUUUUUGUUCCUGUGCAGCUCAGGACAAUGGUUUUGUCUGCCCCAAUUAUUGCCCUUGGGGCUACCUUAGGGACUGCAACUAGCAUCCUUGCCCUCUGUGGUCUCACCUGCUUCUGCAAAUGCAAGCAACCAGGGAAAGGACUCUCAGAAAAGGACCAAGAUGAGGACACGGAAAAUACUAAACCCAGUGUGCUUCAACCAGCCCAGCAAUUCAAUGUUAAGAAAACUGCAGAGCCAGUCCAGCCUCGAGCUCUCCUGAAGUUUCCCAACAUGUAUGGCCCCAAACCUGUUGUAACUUCACCUGAAGUUGUUAACUACACACAAUACUCCUUGAAGACAACAGAAGAACCAGCCACUGUAAAACAUGCCGUUUUGGAUGAGAACAGGAUGAAAAUACAAGUAAAUGAAGAAUUGUUCAUUCUCCCUCAAAACGUUCCAGGUGUGGUAAAGGAUGUGUGUGUCACGGAGCACUUGAAGCCCGAGCGGGCAGCCAGCUGUAACCAGGUCCCUGAACUGCGCUAUUCCCUCACGUAUGAUCAACAAAAAGCUGAGCUGUGCGUGGCCCUUCUGGAAGCUAUGCAUGGCAAAAUGAGUAGUGACCAAGAUGCUGGCUGCCAUUGCUACAUAUUGGGCACACUGGUGAGCAAAUCUGGCAUGACUGAAGCCCAGACAGAGCUGAAGAAGAAGGUGCUUCACACCCUCUGGGAGGAGGCCCUGCGGUUUCCAUUAACUGAGGAGGAGAUGCAAGAGGGGACACUGACUCUCACCUUGAGAAACUGCGACAAGUUCUCCAGACACAGCAUUGUGGGGGAACUCAAACUGAGCCUUGCUAACAUGGAGGACUUCGGGAUGGCCCAGUGGGAAAGGCUAAAGACCCCAGAGAAGGAGCCAUCUACAGGCCACGGGGAAGUUCUGCUCUCUAUCAGCUAUCUGCCAGCUGCAAACCGCCUGCUUGUGGUGAUUAUUAAGGCUAAAAAUCUCCAUUCCAAGCAGCUGAAAGAUCUACUUGGAAACGACGUUUCUGUCAAGGUGACCCUGAGGCAUCAGUCCUUGAAGCUGAAGAAGAAGCAGACCAAACGUGCAAAGCACAAGAUCAACCCCGUCUGGAAUGAGAUGAUCAUGUUUGAGGUGCCUCACGAGCUGCUACGUGCCUCUAGUGUAGAGCUGGAAAUUCUGAGCCAGGAUGGUGCUGGGCAAAGCCAAGUGCUCGGCAAGUGCAGCCUGGGUUUGCAUGUCACAGGCACAGAGAGGAACCACUGGGAAGAAAUGCUGAGGAACCCCAGAAGACAGAUUGCCAUGUGGCAUCAACUCCACAAGUAGGCAUGCUAUGACUACUGCCAACCAGAUUUCCACCAAGCCUCUGAGCCUGGGGACAUAAGCUGCAUUUCACCUUCCACUUUCCCAUCCCACCAAGUGGCCCAGUACAGCAUUUUUCUCUGGCCACCCGCUCUGAUUGCCAAAGGAAACUGUCUGGAAAAUGUAUUUAGAGGACAAUCGCUCACCCAACCAAGUGGUUCUCCCAAAUAAAUGGUUUGGCUGUCAGGUGAUUUGAAUUACUUUUGUUAGCCUGCCCACUGUCAUUUCUUAGAGUUCCCAGUUUCUGCAGAGAAGCUGAGGGGAUCAGAGGGAUCACAGAAAUCUGAGUUGCUCCUUGGCAUCUGGCACUUUCACCCAAGUUCCCUGGUGGGAACUGGCUCCAUAACAUGCAGCAGUAAUUUUGCCAGUCGCCGUUUUUCAUAAUGCUUUAUAAGACUGUGAGAAAUGAAGAUCAAAAAAUAAAUGCUGUCUUCUGACCCAAAGCAGUAAUAUGGAAGAGAAAGAGAAGCAAGGUGGAAACAUAGAUGAAAAUGCAUUAGGUGGAUAUCUAGAAGUAGAGAAGGAAUAGAGGAAGAAGAGAGACAGUCAUACCACCACCCAGUGUAGUCUUCGAAGCAAACACUGCCAAACAAGAAGUCAAAUAUUUUUCUUCACUUUUUUUUAUUAGAGUGUUUGAUACCUUAGCUUCAGGGUUCAUGAAAACUGUUGAAAGCAUGGAAGUUUCAGAACCCUUUAAAAAAUUACCUAUCUCUUCUAUCUUUCUACAUCACCCAUGAAAACCCUAAACAUGGACAACAGGUUAUUACUGACAUUAUCUUCAAAAACUUGGACCAAAUCCUUCUGCUUAUUGACAUUCUUUUCUGUUUGGGAAUUUCUGAUCUGAAAAAGGUGCAAAUACAGUAAUUGAUUUCCAGGCAGCAUCUAUAAAAAAGAAGUGGGAUCAUUUCAUACCUUAGCAUUUGAUUGAUGGUUUUGGUUUGAAGUUAACUUUCACUCCCAAUUCUCAUACCUGCAUUACCUGAAAACCCUUCCGAAUAGCCAUGUAUUUCAUCACUUCCAGACAGAAGGAAUUCACUGACCAGACAUACUUUCUACAGCUUGCUUUUUUGUGUGCACUUUCAAGAUCUGACGUGGCUUAAAUGUUACUGUUUACUGUUCUUUUAGUGUCUGGAUGGACUGAAAAGCUGGCAUUGCCAGCAAUGAUGUUAUGAUCUCAUAAGCACACUGCUUGUUAUACUGCUUUAUUUCAAGUAGUAGACACAGCUCUGAGGGACUUGCACGGGGACAAGGCAUCCAGAAGUCUGAAAACAGAACCAUAUGUUUUGUAGCACUGAAAACCUCUGAGAACUUCAUUUUUUGCGGGAUCAGUUUGAUCCUCUGUUUAAUUCAAAAUAUUAAACAUAUGACACUGGGCUUUAUCUAGAAUACAUCCCAUUUUGCUGAUUUAGCCAAACAAGUCUUGUUAAUUGUCAGGUGAAGGCUACCACACUGCAGUGAAAGGGGAAACAACCAGAACCAGUCUCUGAAAAUUGGCUGAAGUGUCAGGCACAGAAGUUUGUGAACAGAGGAGAGGAGUUCAGCUAGAAGCCACUAACUAGUAAUGACUGUGGCUGGUAUUUGGGCCAUCUUUUUUCUUCUUCAUUAAUGACCUGGAUGACAGGACAAAGUAUACCUCAAGCAGGUUUGCAGAGGAUACAAAACUGAGUGUAGUGGUUGAUACACAAAGUGCUUGUGCUUCCUUUCAAACGAAUGUGAACAGGCUGGAGAAAUGGACUGACAAGAAUAUUCAAUAAAAUGAAAUGUAAAGUCUUGCAACUGAAGGGGAACAACCACAGGGCUGGGGCCAACCAUCUGGAAAGCAGCUUUGCAAGGAACCUGGCGUCCUGAUGGAAACCAAGUCAAACAUAAACUAGCAGUGGGCUUUUGCAUCAAAGAAGUACAACAGUGCCCUGGGUUGCAUUAUGAAAACCAUUGCCAGCAGGUCAGUGGGGGUGAUGCUACUCAGCACUGGUGAGGGCAGAUGUGUCCUGCUCUUGGCUUCCAAGGCAAGAAAGAUUUGGAUUUACUGGAGCAAGGUCAGCAAAGGGCCAUGAAGAUGAUCACAGGAGAUAAGUAUCUUUUGUAUGAGGAGAAGCUGAGACCUGACACCGUCUAUCCUGGAGAAGAGAAAGAUUGAGGGGAGUCUUACUUGAUCUGGAAAAGGAGAAAAGAAGAUGGAAACAGACUCUUCUCAGUAGUGUCCAGUGACAGCAUAAGAGGCAAUGGACACAAAUCACAAUACAUAUAAAUCUCUCUCUCCC